AGAUCAGGUUUUUGGGAACCGCCUCCUUACGCUAGUGAUCUCCCGACCGGCCGUCAUUGAGCCUUCCUUGUUUCCUCUCGUUGCUGUUGUCAUAUAAGACCAUAGAUCGAGCUACUUCUUUUCAAACCAGCUGCUCUCUUAGCACGUGUCUGCUGCUAGAAGUAUACAACAAACUCGUGGCGUCGCGAUCGCGUCAUUACAUCACGGCCAUGGCUUCCCCCAAAGGCCCCCAAGACAACUUUGGUGUCGAUUAUGUUAUCAACUACCAUACGCCGUCGAAAGAGCAUGCCGAAGCAGAAGCCGGCUACAUUGAGCUCAUCAAAGGUUUGACUGGUGCUGGACUCGCUACUGAGGUUCGCCCAGGAAAUAAGGAACAUCUUCUUAUUUUUGUUCGAAUUGCAUCUCCCAGCCUUCUCGCCCAACAAGUCUAUCGAUCUCGCCUGCAGGAUUGGCUCCAUGGCGUCCGCUCUACCAGCCCCGCGACGGACGUCUCGAAGACGGUCGAAGACGAACCAGUAACCGAAGCUGAGCGCCUCCGCAUUGCCUACCUCAUGAUAACCAAGCCUGAAAAUGAAGGUGGAGCGGGCAUUAUUCAAGGAGCGGGCAAGUGGAAGUACGUCAAAGCCGUCUUCCCGCUGCACAACCGACAGUUCAACCACGACUGGAUCAAGAAGUGGAACACCAAGUACUCCCUGGAUUUGGCCGACUUGGAAGAGAUUCGUGACAAGUUUGGCGAAAACGUUGCCUUUUACUUUUUCUUCCUUCGAUCCUACUUUCGAUUCCUUCUUGCACCGGCUGCCCUUGGCCUUGCAGCAUCCUUCUUCUUGGGCCAAUUCUCCAUGGUCUACGCUAUAGGCAUCAGCCUGUGGUCGGUUGUGUUCUUCGAGUACUGGAAGAAGAAGGAACUUGACCUUGCUGUUAAAUGGGGUGUUCGCCAUGUUUCGUCGAUCCAACGUGCGCGUCCAGAGUUCCGAUGGGAUUUCGAGACGGAAGAUGAGGUUACCGGCGAACCUGUCCGAGUGUACUCUCCUGCCAAGCGCCUCCGAACACAGGUUCUCCAGAUUCCAUUUGCCUUUGCUUGCGUUGUUGCUCUUGGAAGUCUCUCGGUGACGGCAAUUUCUUUGGAAAUCUUCAUCAACCAAGUUUACACUGGCCCCUUCAAGCAGUACCUGGGAUUCUUGCCAACUAUCAUCCUCGUAGUUUGCACACCCAUUCUGUCAACUAUCCUCAUGAGCACUGCCAAGAUGCUCAACGACCAGGAGAAUUAUGCAACUGUGGAUGGCCACCAAUCAGCCCUGGUUCGAAAGCACUUUGUGCUAAACUUCAUGACCUCGUACAUGCCUCUGCUGUUUACCGCCUUUGUCUACAUCCCCUUUGGCCAUGUCAUCGUGCCACUGCUCGAGUUCUGGAGACGUACCGCGCAGACAAUCACAUUUAACAAGGUGCCCCUACCAACCCAGGAGUUUAAAAUCAAUCCUGAACGCAUCACAAAUCAGAUGUACUACUUUACCGUGACGGCGCAGAUUGUCAACCUUGUUACGGAAUUGAUUGUACCCUAUGUGAAGCAGCAGGCUGUUGCAAAGGCUAGGGAAUUCCAGACCAAGGGUCAAAAGAAUGACCUCGAUCACCCCGAAGAGGCAGCGCUUCUUAAACAAGCUCGCGAAGAGUGCGAAAUGGACGAAUACAAUGUCACCGAUGACUACCGUGAAAUGAUUAUGCAAUAUGGAUACCUGACACUCUUCUCUGUUGCCUGGCCUCUGGCUUCGGUCUGCUUCUUGGUCAAUAAUUUCGUUGAGCUCCGCUCAGAUGCCAUGAAGAUUGCCACGAGCGCCCGCCGCCCGAUCCCUUGGAGAGCCGACUCCAUCGGCCCUUGGCUUCCCACGAUUGGCUUGCUGUCUUGGCUGGGCAGCGUCACCAGCUCGGCUAUUGUAUUUUUAUGCAGCCGCGAUAAGACGAAUACCGACAGCACCAUUUCUCAAAUUACUGCGUGGGGAUUGCUCCUGAACAUCGUAUUCGCAGAGCACGUUUACUUCUUGGCUCAAUAUGUGGUUCGCAUGGUCAUGGACAGCUUUGAGAGCCCUGGAAGACAGCAGGAGCGCAAGGAGCGCUUUCAGAUGAAGCGCCAACAUCUGCAAGAUACGCUCGGACAAGAUGCUGCCGAAAUCGCUGCAGCUUCCGGUAUUGAAACGAGCGAGAAGAUCACGAGGGCUGCAUUGGAAGAGGAGGCACGUCAAGCAUCGAGCGCGGGCCAUGCAUCGCCAGCGGAGACUUUCUGGCAACGCCAAAGAGGCAUGCAAGACACGAUUGAUGUUGGAAAACACCAUAUGGAGCAGCAACAGCGAAAUGCAAGCCCAAGUUGCACCGAGGCAGCGCCAACCCCCAGUCCUCGGGCUUGAAAAUGUGGACAUUGCUGUUGGUCCUUGCUGUUCACAGCGUCGUCGUUUGUGACGGUGAGUGCAAAUGUGGCAUGUUGCUGCACUGGCCAAUUUCUUUCAUCCAACGCCCCAAGAAAACAAAACGGGCAACUUCCUAGCGUUACGCCAUAAGCUUUAGAGGAUUUCCUGCAGCCAUUUUCUUACAAUGUACUCUGUACUUUGUGACCCGAAUCCGUAAUUUUGAUUUACUGCCUGACUGCGCAGUGCGAUGGGCUUUGGCCCGCUGAAUACCCGUUUGAAUAAGACCAGACUACUUUUCUUUCCGUAUCUCUAGGCUGGACAAAGAGGGUUCCCGGUGAAUGCUUUGAUGAGAGUGACUACCCACGUUCUAGAAAAUUAAGCGAAUAGCGGCGACGUGUGCUAACAGGGGUGUUGUCAUCGGAACCUGUGGUACCACCCUCUAUCCGCCAUCCAAUACUGUAACAUCGCAACACCGAGGCCAUGUUUAGCCUAGCUGUCGAGACAUCCUCGGGAUGACCACCUUUUGGUCUCUAGUCUUUGUGGGCCGUCAACAAAUUGCUACUGAGAUGGCGAAGCCAGAGGGCCGUGACGACUGAUUCGCGCUCCUCCGCGGGCGAUUACCCUGGCUCGCUGUGGAUCAUAGGGGUGUUUAGGGCCAACGGCUGAGCGAUGAACUAAACCGUUUCGUUCCACGGACGCUGCUGCUCACGUGUGGUCUUUGAGCGCCGCCUACGGAUGACGCUGUCGUCCAAGUGCUGGCGUACUAGGGCAUUUCCUGAUGCAAGCAGUGGAAGAAGUUACGGCCGUCCCAUAAUGCGGCCAAGGCUUUUCGUCUCAGAUAGCGUUCGGACCAUUCUUUAUGGGGUCGAUUCUGGUGGUGCUGCACGCUUGGCCUUCCCUCUCCCCCUUGUUCUACAAGUGCUC